UAAUGGUUUCCAUCCCUGAAUACUAUGAAGGAAAGAACGUCCUCCUGACGGGCGCUACAGGCUUCAUGGGAAAAGUGCUUUUGGAAAAGCUGCUCAGAUCUUGUCCUAAAGUGAAAGCAGUGUAUGUAUUGGUAAGACACAAAGCAGGGCAGACACCUGAAGCACGAGUAGGAGAAAUUACCAGCUGUAAGCUCUUUGACAGGUUGAGAGAUGAGCAGCCAGACUUCAGAGAAAAAAUAAUAGUAAUUACGAGUGAACUUACACAGCCUGAACUGAACCUUAGUGAAACAAUCAAGGAAGAACUUAUAGAGUGCAUUAAUAUUAUAUUUCAUUGUGCUGCUACAGUCAGAUUCAAUGAAACACUAAGAGAUGCUGUUCAGUUAAACGUGACUGCCACACAACAGCUCCUCUUCUUGGCACAGCAAAUGAAGAAUCUGGAAGUGUUCAUGCAUGUUUCGACUGCCUUUGCAUAUUGCAAUCAAAAACAGAUUGGGGAGGUAGUUUAUCCACCUCCUGUUGAUCCCAGGAAACUGAUAGAUUCUCUUGAGUGGAUGGAUGAUGGCCUAGUGGAAGAUAUUACUCCUAAACUGAUAGGCGACAGACCUAAUACUUAUAUAUUUACAAAAGCCUUAGCCGAAUAUGUAGUACAACAAGAAGCUGAAAAAUUAAACGUAGCCAUUAUAAGGCCAUCUAUUGUUGGUGCUAGCUGGAAGGAACCUUUUCCUGGAUGGGUUGAUAACUUCAAUGGACCUAGUGGUAUCUUCAUUGCUGCAGGAAAAGGAAUUCUUCGAACAAUCAGAGCUUCCAACAGUGCACUAGCAGAUCUUGUUCCAGUAGAUGUUGUUGUCAAUAUGACACUGGCUGCAGCCUGGUAUUCUGGAGUUAAUAGACCAAGUAAUAUCAUGGUAUAUAACUGUACAACAGGUGGCACCAAUCCUUUCCACUGGGGUGAAGUUGAAUACCAUGUAAUUUCUACUUUCAAGAGGAAUCCUCUCGAACAGGCCUUCAGACGGCCCAAUGUAAAUCUAACUUCCAAUCACCUUUUAUAUCAGUACUGGAUUGCUGUAAGCCAUAAGGCCCCAGCAUUCCUGUAUGAUAUCUACCUCAGGAUUACUGGAAGAAGCCCAAGGAUGAUGAAAACAAUAACACGUCUUCAUAAGGCCCUGAUGUUAUUAGAAUACUUUACAAGCAAAUCUUGGAUCUGGAAUACUGAAAAUAUGACUAUGCUAAUGAACGAGCUAAACCCCCAAGAUAAAAAGAUGUUUAAUUUUGAUGUUCGACAACUACACUGGGCAGAAUACAUGGAAAAUUACUGCAUGGGAAUGAAGAAGUAUGUGCUGAAUGAAGAAAUGUCUGGCAUCCCUGCAGCUAGGAAACACUUGACUAAGUUAAGGAAUAUACGCUAUGGCUUCAAUACAGUUCUUGUGAUCCUGAUCUGGCGUAUAUUUAUUGCAAGAUCACAAAUGGCAAGAAAUAUCUGGUACUUUGUGGUUAGUCUGUGUUACAAGUUCCUCUCCUACUUCAGAGCCUCCAGUACCAUGAGAUACUGAAGAAGAGAAUUUAGCAUUAGGACAUCUAUGCAUAUGGUGGUCUAACUGCACAAAGCCUGUAACAUGUAGUCAUCUCACAUUUUGUAAAAGCAUAAUUUCAUCUUAAAUUGGAGUGUGAAAUAUACGGUAUGGUAUAUGUAAUGUUAGUUGUGUAUCUUCCUGGAAACAGAGGAAAAUAAAAUGGUCAAGUGUCAGGUUGAAUUGGCAUUAGACAAGCAUUUAAAUAACUUUAACUCUUUGACCUGGGGAAAACAUUUUAGACCACUGACCAACAUAACUGUGCAAUUUGGAACAUGUUUGAUUGAAAUCUGC